AUGGGUGUUUGUCUGUUACAUUCUUUCUUUCUUUCUUUCUUUCUUUCUAUUAUGUAUGCUUUCUUAUUUUCAUUAAAACCAAAAAGCGGCCUCUAUCUUAGCUUAUAUAAAGAAAGAAAUCUUUUUCUUUCUUUCUUUCUUUCUUUUUUUCUUUCUUUCUUUCUUUCCUUCUAUUAUAAAGAAAUCUUUUUCUUUCUUUCUUUCUUUCUUUCUUUCUUUCUUUCUUUCUUUUUUCUUUCUUUCUUUCUUUCUUUCUUUCUUUCUUUCUUUCUUUCUUUCUUUCUUCCAAACAUUUUGUUUCUUUCUUUCUUUCUUUUUACUUCGACCGUUUCUAAUUUUUGUUCUUUCUUUUUUACCACACUAAUUUUGUUGUUUGUUUGUUUGUUUGUUUCUUUCUUUCUUUCCUUCUUUCUUACUUUUUUUUACUCCACCUGUUUUGCUUGUUUCUUUCUUUCCUUCUUCCUUACAUUUUGUUUCUUUAUUUAUUUAUUUUUACUUCAACUAUUUCUUUCUUUCGUUCUUUCUUUCGCCACUACACCUAUUUUCUUUUUUCUUUCUUUGUUUUUACUUCAUCCAUUUUUCUUUCAUUUUUGUCUUUCUUUAUUAGACCUAUUUUCUGUUUGUUUCUUUCUUUCUUUCUUUAUUCCAAACAUUUUGUUUGUUUCUUUCUUUUUACUUCGACCAAUCCUUACUUUCCUUCUUUCUUUUUUACUACAGCUAUUUUGUUAUUUGUUUCUUUUUACUUCAUCCAUAUCUUUUUCUUAUUCUUUCUUUCUUUCUGUGCUAAACCUAUUUCGUCUUUGUCAGUUUUUUUCUUUCUUUCUUUUAAUUAUUUCUUUCUUUUUUCACUUAUUUUGUUUUUACAUUUCUUUCUUUCAUUCUUUCUUUCUUUCAUUCUUUCUUUCUUUCCUUCUUUCUUUUUUUCUUUACUACACUAUUUUGUAUUUGUUUGUCUGCUUCGUUCUUUCUUUUCUUUCUUUCUCCCUCUCUCUCUUUUUUCUUUACUCCACCUUUUUUGUUUGUCUGUUUGUUUCCGUCUUUCUUUCUUUCUUUACGCCACAUAUUUUGUGUUUCUUUCCUUUUUUUACUUCAUCCGUUUCCUUCUUUCUUUACUUCAUGCAUUUAUUUUUUUUUUCAAUUUAUUUUAAUUUCAUUUCAUCCUUUCCUUCCUUUGUUCUUUGCUUUAUCGAUUUUUUUCCUUUCGUUCUUCUUCGCUUCUUCUUUUUAUUGCAUUUGUUCGCUUUUCUCCAUUUCUCUGUUCCUUUCUUUCAUUUUUCUUUCUUUACGUCAUUUAUUUUUUCUUUUUUCUUUAUACAUUACUUACUUUUUCUUUUCUUCUUUAAUCCUUGCUUGAACUGUUUUUCUUUCUCUUUUUGUCUCAUCACCCCCGUCUUUUCCCAGCCAACUUUCAUAAUUUAUCAUCCUUGCAUACCUCCCCUUUACAACCCGACCCAUAUUUUUCCUUUCCUCUUCUUCGUCCUUAUUCUUCAGUUUGCUCAAAUUUCUCUCCCUAAAUCUCACCAAGACAAGCGCUAUGCAUUACCAGUGUUCUCUAAAACCAACACCGACACCGCUGAAAGACAACUUUCGCCGCUGCCGUUGUCCACAAAUCUUGAUUGUCGUCGUAAUUCCCCACAUACCAGACCAUACAACGCUUCCUUUUGUCUUCUUUUCCCGCGCCUGACUAUAUCUUGCCUACUUUCCUCGAGCAAAUAUGAUGGAAUCUGUCUUCCUUUUCUCUCUCUCUCUCUCUCUCUCUCUCUCUCUCUCUCUCUCUCUCUCUCUCUCUUCUCUCUCUCUCUCUCUUUCUCUCUCUUCUCUCUCUCUCUUCCUUUCUCUCUCUCUCUCUCUCUCUUCCUUUCUCUCUCUCUCUCUCUCUCUCUCUUCUCUCUCUCUCUUCCUUUCUCCUCUCUCUCUCUCUCUCUCUCUCCCUCUCUCUCUCUCUCUCUCUCUCUCUCUCUCCUUUUCUCUCUCUCUCUCUCUCUCUCUCUCCUUCCUUUCUCCCUCUCUCUCUCUCUCUCUCUCUCUUACCCCCCCUCUUAA